CGAAAUGGCCAAAGUAAAAACCUUUUAAAAACCCUCCUCUCUUCACUCCAUGAGCCGUUCUCUGUAUUUUCCUUCUCCCCUUUCGCCGAAUGCAAAACCCUAAUAACAUUCCUAACACAAACUUCUCUAUAUCUUUAAUCGUCGUAUAAAGAGUUCGAUUAUCUAAUCAAUUGCAUUUAACAGCUAAAUUCAUUCACAUAUAUUUUUCUAACAUAGUACAUAGCAAAUCUCCUUCGGAGAUGGUAUCGGGUUCAAAUUCGAAAGCAGAUGGUGGGACUCAUAUUUUGUCUGCGGGCGUAAGAGAAAUACUAGAAUCUAUUAAGGAAGUUGUUGGAAAUCAUUCUGAUGCUGAUAUAUAUGUGGCUCUUAAAGAGACCAACAUGGACCCUAAUGAGACUGCUCAGAAAUUGCUCAAUCAAGAUCCAUUUCACGAGGUGAAGCGAAGAAGAGACAGAAAGAAAGAGAACCAUGGGUAUAGAAGUUCUACAGCUCCAGAAAAUGGAAGUUAUUCAGAGCAUGGUACGCAGGAAAUGAGGGUCAACACACAUGUCAAUCGUAACAUCCGAAGAGGGAGCUACAGUCGAACUGCUUUACCUGAUGCAGGACUUACCCGGGAAUUCCGGGUUGUGCGAGAUAAUAGAGUUAGCCAAAAUGGUAAUAGCUCGAUAAAGCCUGUCCAGACUUCUACAUCCGCCGAACCAGUUGUUUUAAAUACUUCUGCACAAAGCAGUUCAAAAGGGACCUCUGUCAAAAAAUUAUCUACUGGGAGUCAUUCAUCUCAAGCUCCAAAUAGGAAUUCUCAAUAUACGCACUCCAAUGAAGCUAAAUUAAGUGGCACUAAUGGUCAAGGUUUGACUGGAGAAAUUCAGGCAUCUGUCUCACAGUCUGCUUCGCAGAUGAGAGGAGUGAAGCCAAAUGGUUCUCGGCCACAUUCUAUGACAUCAUCAAGCAAUUCUGUCAUUGGAGUUUAUUCGUCCUUUUCAGAUCCUGUUCACGUACCAUCUCUUGAUUCCAGACCGGCUGCAAAAGUUGGAGCUAUUAAGCGUGAGGUUGGGGUGGUGGGUGCACGUCGCCAGUCUGCUGAAACUUUUGCCAAGCCUUCAUCUUCACAAAGCAGGUCAAUUUCGAACUUACACAUGGAGCAGGCCCGACAGGAUGGUGGUAACUCUAAAGGAUCUCUCAGACCUUUAAGUUCUAAUUCUAGAAGCGACCAGAGUGCAGUAUCUGAUUCUCCUAAAUCCAGCCUUCCAGUGGGCAGAUCUUUCUCGGGAAAUCAACAUAUUAAUAGACAACAUCAACCUGUGGGUCAUCAGAAAACUGUUCAGUGGAAGCCCAAGUUAAACCAGAAAUCAAGCGUCAAUGAUCCAGGGGUUAUUGGAAAAUCUUCUCAAGCUUUAACCGACAAGUCAGAAGACUUGGAAAAAGAAGGAUCUCAGUUGCAAGAUAAAAUGUCAAGGCUAAACAUCUCAGACAACGUGAUCAUAGCUGAGCAUAUUCGCGUUUCUGAGACUGACCGGUUUCGGCUGACCUUUGGCAGCUUUGGAGCUGAAUUGAAAUCUGCAAAGGAUUUGGAUGAAGAAUCACAGACCGAGUCAUCAAGACUGUCAGUUUUGGUUUCUGAGCCUUCCACUGAUGAAAUUGGGAGCAAGCAAUUAGAUUUGGCUGAUGAUCGGGUUCAGAAUCCAGGCUUGACUUCUCCUGGAUCUGGUGUAAUUUUAGAUCAGAAGUUGGCAGAUAAUAGAGAGUCUUCAAGUCCCGAGGAUUUGGGAAAUUAUUCAGAUGUUGGAUUGGUUCAAGAUAACGGAGCAUCUUAUACUCCACCGGAGUCGCAACAGCAGCAAGAUGCUUCUAACUUAUCAAGUUUCUCGACCUAUGAUCCCCAAACUGGGUAUGAUAUACCAUAUUUUAGACCAGCAGUAGAUGAAGCUCUUCAUGGCCAGGGUGCCCAGGAGGCCCUCAGUUCACAUGUUGCAAAUAGCAUGCCAGCAUCGACAAUUCCAAUGGUGCAGCAAGUACAACAGCACCAACCCAUUGCCCAGAUGUAUCCCCAAGUUCAUGUUUCCCAUUUUGCUAAUCUUAUGCCAUAUCGCCAUGUUUUCUCCCCUGUCUAUGUUCCUCCAAUGGCUAUGCCUGGCUAUUCUAGUAACCCUGCCUACCCACACCCGCCGAAUGGCAGCAACUACUUGCUGAUGCCUGGAGGUGGCUCCCAUCUUAGUGCAAACGGGCUCAAGUAUGGAAUCCAGCAGUUUAAGUCUGUCCCCACAGGCAGCGCAUCGGGGUUUGGGAAUUUUACUAGUCCAACUGGAUAUGCUAUCAACACUCCUGGUGUAAUUGGCAGUGCAACAGGUCUUGAAGAUUCAUCUCGGAUGAAGUACAAGGAUGGUAAUCUUUAUGUUCCUAAUCCCCAGGCAGAGACGUCUGAAAUGUGGAUGAAUCCAAGGGAUAUUUCUAGUUUGCAGUCAGGGUCAUACUACAGCAUGUCGGGGCAAACCCCUCAUGCCACAUAUCUUCCGUCUCACAGUGGACAUGCUUCUUUCAAUGCAGCAGCAGCUGCUGCACAGUCAUCCCAUAUGCAGUAUCCGGGCUUGUACCAUCCUCAGCCUACUGCAAUGGCUAAUCCUCAUCAUUUGGGCAGUGCCAUGGCUGGUAAUGUUGGUAUGGCUGCAGCAGCUCCUGGAGCUCAAGUGGGUGCAUACCAGCAACCUCAAUUGGGUCAUAUGAAUUGGACAGGAAACUUCUGAAUGAAUGAAUGUCAGUUAUUCUGGCCCUAUCUUAUGUGGGAUAACUUCAGCUAUAGGAUUUUCAUUUUCUUGUGGAAUGAAAAGCACAUAGUAAUUUCUAAAUCAAUGCCUUCAAUGUUAAUAUUUUCCUCUGCUUACUGUA